ACAGAGCCAGCAGCCUGUGCCUCCCUCCCUGCUGGGUCCUGCGUGGGGCAGGAGGAGCCGCCUGCACCCGGUGCUGCUCUCUCCUCAGGACUAAUGAGAGGGAAGCAGAGCGGGUGACCAUAGACACCACGUAUGCACAUGAGAGGAGUGAAGAAAGCCAGCAGGGAAGAUGAAAAGCAACUGGAAAAUUACAGCUUUCUUCUACACCUGUAGUUUUCUGUGGUCUUUCAUCUCAGCCACCAUCCAGCAACAAUCAAGACUCCCAGUCAUUCUGGGUGCCAGUCAGAGAAUUGAUCUCUGCCCAACAAUCAGGAUUGGCCAAGAUGACUUACCAGGCUUUGACCUGAUUUCUCAGUUCCAAAUAGAAAAAGCUGCUUCCCAAGGAAUAGUCCAGAGAGUAGUGGGCUCCACUCCUCUACAAGUGGCUUAUAAAUUGGGACCCAAUGCAGACUUCAGGAUCCCAACCAGUGCCAUAUAUUCCAAUGGAUUGCCCGAUGAAUAUUCCUUCCUAACUACUUUUCGGAUGACUGGAGCCACACUUCAGAAAUAUUGGACUAUUUGGCAGAUUCAGGAUUCUUCAGGAAAAGAACAAGUUGGAGUGAAUCUGAAUGGUCAAGUGAAAAGUGUUGAGUUUUCCUAUAAAGGAGCGGAUGGAAGGCUCCAAACCGCAUCAUUUUUGCAUCUGCCUUUCUUGUUUGACUCCCAAUGGCACAAGCUUAUGAUAAGUGUGGAAGCAAGCAGUGUCACUCUUUUUAUUGACUGUAUUAAAGUAGAAUCCUUAAACAUAAAACCAAAAGCGAAAAUCAGCACUGAUGGCUUCGCUGUGCUUGGAAAACUUAAAAAUAAUCCUCAAAUUUCAGUUCCGUUCGAAAUCCAGUGGAUGGUGAUUCACUGCGACCCCCUGCGACCCCUCCGCGAAAGCUGCGGCGAGCUGCCGGCCCGGAUAAGCCAGACGGUAAUCGAGAGAGGUCUCCCUGGUCCACCAGGCCCCCCAGGUCCACCAGGGCCACCAGGAGUUCCCGGCAUUGAUGGCAUUGAUGGAGAGAGAGGUCCGAACGGCCCCCCUGGUCCACCGGGUCCAGAUGGGGAUGCAGGCAAACCCGGAUCCCCUGGCCUGCCUGGAGAGCCGGGAGCUGAUGGAUUCACAGGACCUGAUGGGUCACGUGGAGCCACGGGACCAAAAGGACAGAAGGGUGAGCCAGGACCGCCAGGUGCUCGUGGACUUCCGGGCAAGGGGCUUCUUGGACCAGCUGGUCCAGCUGGUGCUGCAGGACUUCCUGGGGAAGUAGGUCGUGCUGGUCCACCUGGAGAUCCAGGAAAAAGAGGGCCACCAGGGCCACCAGGACCACCAGGUCCUCGGGGAACAAUUGGCUUGCAAGAUGGCGACCCAUUGUGUCCCAAUGCUUGCCCACCUGGCCGCCCAGGACAUGCUGGCUUAAUGGGAAUGAAGGGACAGAAAGGCUCAAAAGGAGAGUCUGGUGAACCAGGAAAACAAGGUUAUAAGGGUGAAGAAGGAGACCAAGGACCUAGUGGUGAAGUGGGAGCUCAAGGCCCUCCAGGCAUCGUGGGUAUCAGAGGUAUAACUGGUAUAAUGGGACCUAAAGGUACCAAAGGAGCUCGUGGACUUGAUGGUGAUCCUGGUCCCCAGGGUCUUCCUGGUGCACCUGGGGAUCAAGGACAGAGAGGUCCACUGGGAGAGGCAGGUCCAAAGGGAGAAAGGGGCCCUCAAGGUACAAGAGGAAUAAAUGGUCUCCCUGGGCCUAAAGGAGAGUCUGGCUUACCAGGAGUUGAUGGCCGGGAAGGGAUCCCUGGGAUGCCUGGAGCAAAAGGUGAACCAGGAAAACCCGGAGCUCCAGGUGAUGCAGGGCUUCAGGGACUGCCAGGUUUACCAGGCUCUCCAGGUGUGAAAGGCAUUCCUNUCCAACAGGGCCAUAGAGGUCCCCCUGGGGUGCCAGGUUUGAUGGGAAAUUCUGGCAAACAGGGUCAACAAGGGCCAGAGGGAGAAGCAGGUCCAACAGGACCCCGGGGACCACCA